AUGUAUGAUGAGGAUGAUGUGUUGAGCUAUGAUGAGGAUGAUGUGUUGAUGUAUGAUGAGGAUGAUGUGUUGAUGUAUGAUGAGGAUGAUGUGUUGAGGUAUGAUGAGGAUGAUGUGUUGAGGUAUGAUGAGGAUGAUGUGUUGAGGUAUGAUGAGGAUGAUGUAUUGAGGUAUGAUGAGGAUGAUGUGUUGAGGUAUAACGAUGAUGAUGAUGUGUUGAGGUAUGAUGAGGAUGAUGUGUUGAGGUAUGAUGAGGUGAUGUGCUGAGGUAUGAUGAGGAUGAUGUGUUGAUGUAUGAUGAGGAUGAUGUGUUGAGCUAUGAUGAGGAUGAUGUGUUGAGGUAUGAUGAGGAUGAUGUGUUGAGCUAUGAUGAGGAGGAUGUGUUGAGGUAUGAUGAGGAUGAUGUGUUGAGGUAUGAUGAGGAUGAUGUGUUGAGCUAUGAUGAGGAUGAUGUGUUGAGCUAUGAUGAGGAUGAUGUGUUGAGCUAUGAUGAGGAUGAUGUGUUGAGGUAUGAUGAGGAUGAUGUGUUGAGGUAUGAUGAGGAUGAUGUUUUGAGGUAUGAUGAGGAUGAUGUGUUGAUGUAUGAUGAGGAUAAAUGUGUUGAGGUAUGAUGAGGAUGAUGUGUUGAUGUAUGAUGAGGAUGAUGUCUUGAUGUAUGAUGAGGAUGAUGUGUUGAGGUAUGAUGCGGCUAAUCAGCUUGAUACAAUACAUUCUGAGGUAGAGCCUAUACUGAUUGAGGACAGCGUCAGUGGGGACGAGGAUCAGGAUAUAGAUCUUCAAGAUAGGUUUCUCACAGCCUUUUACAGGGCUCUGAAAGCCAGAGAGGUCCAGUUACACAAACGUAUGGUUGCUUUGCUAAAACGUCGGUACAUCCAAGACAUAGCCAUCUGUACGAAAAACACGGCAAAAUUGAUAAGCUGCAAUCUGAAUAACAAAUGCCCAAACAAACGAUAUAUAGCCGUAUGUAACAUGGAUACUUCUAGAAUACCCAUAGAACUAAGCUCAUUAAUCAAACAAAUGAAGGAUCUAGGACCAACCCCUACACAACAACACACACCUCAUUUAACUCAUGCAAAUGAGGACACAUUAUCACAGGUACUCCCAGAACUUACCUCCUUAAUUAAACAAAUUAACGAGCUAACCCCACCCUUAAAUUAGACAACCCCCAACCUCACGUAUAUGGUAUCCUACACUGCCCUAUGUCACGGUUUCGGCCGAGACUGCUCCUCCUCCUGGUUCGGGCAGGCAAAGGCGUUCGCCGUCCCCGGAGUACUAGCUGCCAUCGUUGGACUAUUUCCAUGUGCGAUUGCUUUUGUCUGUCUUUAGCACCUGUGUCUGAUUUGUGAUUAUUACGUGUCCUAUAAGUUCCCUGUGUUUGUUUGGAUUAGUUGUGUGUUGUUGUUCGCCUGUCUUGUGUUGCGUGUUUUCGUUUCUUGUUUUGUUAUUUAGUGUUUUACGCAUGUGCGUAAAUACUCGCCUCUUUUUGUUUGAGGUCGUUAGUUUACCGUGUCCUUUUGGAAUUUUGAGUAAACUCUGUUGGACUGAGCCUCGGUGUCCUGCGCCUGACUUCCACCACACAUACACCUCACCUCAUGACAGAACAACACACCAUUUCCAUGGAGUCAGCAGGAAUAGCGGCGAUACCCGAUUCCCUGGAGGACCGGAUAAAUUACCAGGACGCUAUGAUCCGGCAACUCGGGGUCGUCAUGGACGAGGCGUCCAACAGCCUGCGCCGGUUGAUGAAUCGGGAGGUGCCCACGUCUUCUCACACCAUCCCAGCACCAACGGCCAGUCCUCCUCUCUCAGCACCGGAACCCAGUGGCAUUCGGCUCUCGCUCCCGAGGGCAUAUGACGGUUCUGCAGCCGGGUGUCAGGGCUUUCUCCUACAGGUAGAACUUUACCUUGCCACCAUACACCCGGCGCCCUCGGGAUACGAGAGCGUCUCCGCCCUCAUCUCCUGUCUCUCCGGGAAGGCGUUGGAGUGGGCCAACGCCGAAUGGAGGGGAAUAGACGCCGCCACCAUCACCUACGCGGAGUUUUCCCGCCGCUUCAGGACUGUCUUCGACCAUCCACCUGAGGGGAAAGCGGCGGGAGAGCGUCUAUUCCACCUCCGACAGGGGAAGAGGAGCGCACAGGAGUUCGCACUGGAGUUCCGGACACUAGCAGCGGAUGCGGGAUGGAAUGAGAGGGCCCUCAUUGACCACUAUCGGUGUAGCCUACGAGAGGACGUUCGUUGUGAGAUGGCCUGCAGGGACACCAACCUGUCGUUCGACCGGCUGGUGGACAUCUCCAUCAGUCUCGACACCCUGCUGGCUACCCGCGGACGUCCCGAGUGGGGGUCGUCCAUUCCAUCCUCCAGCACCUCCGAGCCUACUCCUAUGGAGCUCGGGGGUGCUGGCGCUAGAGAGAGGAGGAGGAGGGAGAACCCGAGGAAAGCCAACUCCUGCACCAACUGCGGCCGUGGAGGACACACCGCGGCCAGGUGCUGGGGAAGGUUUUCUGAGAGAGGGGACAACAGGUCACGCACUGGGGAGUCAUUUCAGGUGAGAAGGCGCCCCACUUACCCAGAGCUCUCUGUUGGUCACAUGAGUAUUCCUGUGCGUUUUCCACAGGUGGCACCUCAUUCCCAGCAUAAGGCGCUAGUAGAUUCAGGCGCAGCUGGGAACUUUAUUGAUCGGGCAUUUUGUGCUAGGUUAGGAAUUCCCCUUCGGCCGGUAGAAGUUCCAUUCCCUGUCCAUGCAUUAGACAGCCGGCCGUUGGGGUCGGGUCUGAUCAGGGAUGUCACAGCACCGCUGACGAUGACGACGCAGGGGGGUCAUGAGGAAAUCAUUCAGUUCUAUCUGAUUGACUCUCCUGCGUACCCAGUGGUGUUGGGGCUUCCCUGGUUAAGUACCCACGAUCCUACCAUAGCGUGGCAACAGAGGGCUCUUAUGGAGUGGUCUGCCCAGUGUGUAGGGAGAUGUCUAGGUGUUUCCUUAGGGGCGACCUCGGUAGAGAGUCCGAACCAAGUGCCCGCACUGCGCAUUCCCCCCGAGUAUGAGGAUUUAGCACUAGUAUUUAGUAAAUCGAGGGCAGCUAGGCUACCUCCUCAUAGACAGGGGGACUGUGCGAUAAAUAUCCAGAAUGGAGCAGCUCUUCCCAGGAGUCAUGUGUAUCCCCUGUCUCAAGAGGAGACUGCGGCUAUGGAGACUUACAUAGCCGAGUCCUUGGCACAGGGAUACAUACGGCCCUCUACUUCUCCGGUCUCCUCGAGUUUCUUCUUUGUGAAGAAGAAGGACGGGGGAUUGCGCCCGUGUAUUGAUUACCGUAGUCUCAAUCAGAUCACAGUAAAAUACAGCUACCCACUUCCACUGAUUGCGACGAUGACGGAGUCAUUACGCGGAGCGCGAUUCUUCACAAAGUUAGAUCUCAGGAGCGCGUACAAUUUGGUGCGCAUUAAGGGGGGGGAUGAAUGGAAAACAGCAUUUAGCACCACCUCGGGUCAUUACGAGUAUCUCGUCAUGCCGUACGGGUUAAUGAAUGCUCCUUCAGUCUUCCAAUCCUUUGUUGAUGAGAUUUUCCGGGACAUGCAUGGGCAGGGUGUAGUGGUGUACAUUGACGACAUUCUAGUGUACUCUUCUACACGAGCCGAGCAUGUAGCCCAGGUGCGCCGAGUAUUGAGACGACUGUUGGAGCAUGACUUGUAUGUCAAGGCAGAGAAAUGCCUGUUCUUCCAGGAGUCCGUCUCCUUUUUGGGUUAUCGGUUGUCCGCGUCUGGCGUGGAGAUAGAGGUAGAUCGGGUAUCGGCUGUGCGUAAUUGGCAAACUCCAACCACCGUAAAAGAGGUGCAGCGGUUCUUGGGUUUUGCUAAUUACUACCGGAGGUUUAUCCGGGGCUUUGGACAGGUUGCAGUUCCCAUUACGUCCCUGCUAAAGGGGGGUCCGGUGCGCUUGCAGUGGUCAGCUGAGGCGGACAGGGCAUUUGUCAAGCUGAAGAACCUGUUCGCCUCGGCCCCGGUGCUGGCGCAUCCGGAUCCCUCUUUGCCUUUCCAAGUAGAGGUGGACGCGUCCGAGACCGGUAUUGGGGCAGUCCUGUCACAACGGUCCGGCACGCCACCUAAGCUCCGCCCCUGUGCGUUCUACUCUAAGAAGCUCAGCCCGGCGGAGCGCAAUUAUGACGUUGGGGACAGGGAACUGUUAGCUGUAGUCCAGGCCCUAAAGGUGUGGAGGCAUUGGCUAGAGGGGGCUCAACACCCUUUCCUCAUUCUGACUGAUCACCGUAACCUGGAGUACAUCCGGGCAGCUAGGAGAUUGAACCCUCGUCAGGCCAGGUGGAACAUGUUCCUGACCCGGUUUGUUUUUAAAAUCACAUACAUCCCUGGGUCCCAGAACGGUAAGGCAGACGCCCUGUCCCGACAGUAUGACACGGAGGAGAGGUCCAUUGAGCCUACUUCCAUACUGCCGGAGUCUUGUCUGGUGGCUCCGGUAGUAUGGGAGGUCGAUGCGGAAAUCGAGCGGGCGCUGCGUACCGACCCUACUCCCCCCGAGUGUCCUGUGGGGCGGACGUACGUUCCGCUCGAGGUUCGUGAUCGGCUUAUUUCUUGGGCUCAUACAUCACCCUCCUCUGGACAUCCUGGUAUUGGUCGGACGGUGCACUGCCUUAGCGUAAAAUACUGGUGGCCAACGUUAGCCAGGGAUGUGAGGGUUUAUGUCUCCUCCUGCUCGGUAUGUGCCCAGUGUAAGGCACCUAGACAUUUGCCCAGAGGUAAGUUACAUCCUCUGCCCGUUCCACAACGACCAUGGUCCCACCUCUCGGUAGAUUUUGUGACCGAUCUACCCCCUUCCCAGGGUAAUACCACCAUUUUGGUCGUUGUGGAUCGGUUUUCUAAGGCCUGUCGUCUCCUCCCACUGCCGGGUCUCCCUACUGCCCUACAGACCGCCGAGGCCAUCUUUACCCACGUGUUCCGGCACUAUGGGGUCCCCGAGGAUAUUGUGUCCGACCGAGGUCCCCAGUUCACCUCCAGAGUCUGGGGGGCUUUCAUGGAACGCCUGGGGGUCUCGGUUAGCCUUACCUCGGGGUACCACCCAGAGAGCAAUGGGCAGGUUGAACGUGUGAACCAGGAUGUGGGUAGGUUUUUGAGGUCCUAUUGCCGGGACCGGCCGGAGGAGUGGUCGAGGUAUAUCCCCUGGGCAGAGAUGGCCCAGAACUCUCUCCGCCACUCCUCCACCGGAUUAACACCUUUCCAGUGUAUUUUAGGGUAUCAGCCGGUCCUGGCACCGUGGCACGAGAGCCAGACCGAGGCCCCUGCGGUGGACGAGUGGAUUCGGCGCUCGGAGGAGACGUGGGACGCUGCCCAUGUCCAUCUGCAGCGUGCCAUCCGUCAACACAAGGCGAGCGCCGAUCGCCACCGCAGUGAGGGGCCGGUGUACGCACCGGGAGAUCGAGUCUGGCUCUCGACUCGAAACCUGCCCCUCCGCCUGCCCUGCCGGAAGCUGGGUCGGCGGUUUGUGGGGCCCUUCAAAGUCCUGAGAAGAUUGAACGAGGUGUGUUACAGGUUACAACUACCUAUAGAGUAUAAAAAUAUUAACCCCUCGUUCCAUGUGUCUCUUCUCAGGCCGGUGGUAGCUGGCCCACUCCAAGAGGAGGAGAUAGGAGAGACCCCUCCGCCCCCUUUGGACAUCGAGGGGGCUCCGGCGUACAGGGUCCGGACCAUCUUGGACUCCAGGCGCCGGAGGAGUGGUCUCCAAUAUCUCGUGGAGUGGGAGGGGUACGGUCCGGAGGAACGGUGCUGGGUGCCCAGGAGGGACAUCCUCGAUCCAUCCCUCCUGACAGAAUUCCAUCAUGGGCAUCCCACGCGCCCGGGUCCGCGUCCUCCUGGCCGUCCCCAAGGCCGGGGUCGGCGCACGGCUGGAGCCGCGCGUCAAGGGGGGGGUACUGUCACGGUUUCGGCCGAGACUGCUCCUCCUCCUGGUUCGGGCAGGCAAAGGCGUUCGCCGUCCCCGGAGUACUAGCUGCCAUCGUUGGACUAUUUCCAUGUGCGAUUGCUUUUGUCUGUCUUUAGCACCUGUGUCUGAUUUGUGAUUAUUACGUGUCCUAUAAGUUCCCUGUGUUUGUUUGGAUUAGUUGUGUGUUGUUGUUCGCCUGUCUUGUGUUGCGUGUUUUCGUUUCUUGUUUUGUUAUUUAGUGUUUUACGCAUGUGCGUAAAUACUCGCCUCUUUUUGUUUGAGGUCGUUAGUUUACCGUGUCCUUUUGGAAUUUUGAGUAAACUCUGUUGGACUGAGCCUCGGUGUCCUGCGCCUGACUUCCACCACACAUACACCUCACCUCAUGACACCCUAUCUGUAAAGGGCCUUUGAAAAGCAGAGACCCAGAAGUGGCUAAAGAAUUGGAACAUGAGUGCUACCUUCAACCAUCUGAUGAACAUGAACAUUCAGAGAAAUUUGUGUUUUAUGACUUUGAGAGUAAUCCAUCUGCCUAUUUUUGUAUCUACCAUGACUUUCAAGGGUGAAAAGUGGUCGGCAGAGGACCCCAAUGGUGCGCUACUCUUUCUGAAACAUUUCCGAAAACCCCAGUACAAAAACUUCACUUUUAUAACUCACAAUUCUAGAUCCUGUGAUUCCUAUCUUCUUUCGAAUCCCUUGAUCAAAUCAAAUUGUAUUUGUCACAUGCGCCAAAUACAGCAGGUGUAGACCUUACAGUGAAAUGCUUACUUACAAGCCCUUAACCAACAAUGCAGUUUUAAGAAAAAAAAGUGUUAAGAAAGUAUUUAGUAAAAUAAACUGAAGUAAAAAAAAAAAAAAAGUAGCAACAAUAUCAUAACAGUAGUGAGGCUGUAUACAGGGGGUACCGUUACAGAGUAAAUGUGCAGGGGCACCGGUUAGUCCAGGUUAUUGAGGUAAUAUGUACAUGCAGGUAGAGGUAAAUGGACUAUGGUUAAUAAACAGAGAGUAGCAGCAGUGUAAAAAUGGGGUGGAAGCUGUUAAGAAACCUUUUGGACCUAGACUUGGUGCUCCGGUACCGCUUGCCGUGCGGUAGCAGAGAGAACAGUCUAUGACUAGGGUGGCUGGAGUCUUUGACAAUUAUUUGGGCCUUCCUCUGACACCGCCUGGUAUAGAGGUCCUGGAUGGAAGGAAGCUUGGUCCCAGUGAUGUACUGGGCCGUACACACUACCCUCUCUAAUGCCAACAAGGUGUUGCACCCAAUGUCAUAGCCCAAGGUAGUCAAAUCUUGUGUUUUGUAGACCCAGCCUUCAACCAGAGAUACAUUGACAGUUUAAGUUUCUUGCCCAUGAGAUUGGCUCAAAUGCCAGAGGCAUUGGGGUUUUGAAAACUCUGUGAAAGGAUGGUUUCCUCAUUUCUUCACAACUGAGGAGAAUCGACAUUAUAUUGGAUCUUAUCCUGGUCCCGAAAUGUACAGGUGUGAUCAAAUGUCUCCCAAAGAGACAGAGAGAGAUUCAUGACUUAGUAUGAGACAGUACGCCAUAAUACCUUUGAUUUCCAUAAAGAGAUGGAAUUAUAUUGUGAUAAUGAUGUGGUUAUACUGCGAGAAGGAUGCCUCAGAUUCAGAGCAGAGGUAAUUAAAGAUGCAUGCAUUGACCCCUUGAGUUGUACAACUAUUGCAUCGGCAUGCAUGAAAACUUAUCGUAGACACUUUUUACCUCCAGCCUCUAUAGCUAUUCCGUCGCCCUGACAACUACCGUAGACAAUACAAGUCAUACUCUAAUGCUAUUCCAUCGCCCUGACAACUACCGUAGACAAUAC